CUCCAUAUUCCAUCAUCAUCCGCAGGUUAUAACUAAACUUCCGCAGGUGCACAGACAAAGCCCGGCUUCGGUUGACGCGGCCAACCAGGCCAGAUUCGCACUGCUCCUUUACCUUCUCAGUCCCUCCAAGACAUGUCUACAAAGAGGACCAGGCCUCCGAAAUUGUACUCCAUUGAUCUACUUCCUUCUGACCCCCACCCUGUGCCCUAGGAAUCCAACGUUCACCCUGACUGCGUAAGCACCAGGGCAAUCUCCUGAACACGCAGAAGAACAUAUCAUCAUCCCUCCCCUUCCUUUGCGGGAGCGGGACGGAUCAAGAUCUCUUACCUCUCAAGAAAAUAAUCUGAAAGCUCCCAGGUGCUCAGAGAGAUCAGGCACCUCGGAGCUGGGGUUCAGCUGAAAUACGAAACACUGAGCAUCCAAGAUCAGCCUCCGAUCGCCACGAUGAGUUACCAUACGGGGGCCACUUUUGUCCCUGGGGGAGAUGAUAGCUACUACAUGCCAGAAAUCAUCCAGCCAACCCCUAACAGAGUACAUGAGUUGCCAACCAACAUACAACAAAAUGUGGCUCAGAUGGAGCAAGCUGCCUCAAAUCCGAACUCAGCGAAUUCUGCCUACUCAGGAUCAGUCUACUCUCCCCAGUCCGCCGAAUAUAUGCAAGGGGGCAUGCAAACUUGGGCGCCGUCGCAAGCCUCAAAUAGGACCGCGCAAGGGUAUGAUCAGAGGGCGCCCCCGGAUAACCAAACCCAAUCAUACCACCAAGAUAACCAUUUCCCGCCGAGAACGACCUCGAUGGCUCCGACAGAACAGCCAAACUUUUCUCCAUUUCCUAUGCUUCGCAACCCUCCUCCCAACAUCCCCCCAACCGAUGAACAGAAAGAGGCUACACUGGAAGCCGCAAGGGCUGCUGUGCUCAGCUGCAACGACCCAGACACCCAGCUGACGUGGGCACAAGACACGUUAUCAUAUGUGGAGGUGUGUCAGCAGAAUGAGGAAAGAAUUGCCCUGGCACAAGCACCCAGAACAAGGACACCUCGAAUUGAGCACGUUCUGAGAGAAGAUGCAAUCAAAAUUGUCAACUUUCUUGCCGAUCAACAUCACCCCAGAGCUGAGUUUAUGAGGGGCAUGUGGCUUGAAUUUGGUAAAUUCGGGCACAGGGUCGACAAGAAGGAAGCAUUUUAUUGCUAUACGAGAGCUGCUGAAAAAGGAUAUGUUCGCGCGGAUUACCGCAUUGGCAUGCAGUUCGAGUCCUCCAAUGACGCAUUGAAGGCAAUCAGAUACUAUCAGAAGGGUGCGGACGCUGGAGACUCAGCCGCGUGCUACAGGCUCGGAAUGAUGACACUCCUUGGCCAGCACGGACAAGCGCAGAACUUCGAACGCGGCCUCAACCUCAUCUAUAUGUCGGCCCAGACGGCAGAUGAAAAUGCACCGCAGGGAGCUUAUGUUUUCGGCAUGCUCCAAGCACAGCAAAUGCCUCAAAUCCAGAUUCCGGAUCAGUUUUUGCCCAGAGAUAUUGCCGGGGCCAAGGUGAACAUCGAAAAGGCCGCGUACCUCGGAUUUGCUAAGGCUCAAGUGAAAAUGGGAUCAGCAUAUGAGCUUUGCGAGCUGGGCUGCUCUUUUGAUCCCGCUUUGUCCUUGCACUACAAUGUCCUGGCGGCGAGGCAAGGGGAGCCGGAAGCAGAAUUGGCAAUAAGCAAGUGGUUUCUUUGUGGCCAUGAAGGCCUUUUCGAGAAGAAUGAGGAGAUCGCCUUUACGUAUGCGCAGCGAGCAGCGCUUUCUGGAUUUCCGACAGCUCAAUUUGCUCUAGGUUACUACUAUGAGGUCGGCAUUUAUGUCCCAGUCAACUUUGAGCAGGCCAAAGAGUGGUAUCGAAAGGCAUCACAAAGCGGCAAUCAAGAUGCUACAGGAAGGAUCGAUGCUAUCUCUAGGUCAAAGACUUUGUCACGCAAGGACCAUGAGAGUGUCGCUCUCAAAAAGAUACGACAGCAGCGUGGCUCGAUGAUCGGAGGAGCCGACGUACCUCCCGUUCCUGCGAUGCCAACAUUGACGGAAGAGACGGACUCUCAACAGCUCGAAAUGCCCGAUCCUUCUCGGUUGUCGCUAAACAAUCAGAGACCCCCUUCAGCAAGGCCUGGCAGUACAGCACCCUACCCCACUGGACCUCCGAAUAUGCCAUCUGUGAACCAAGGCCCGGAUUUCCGACCCCCAUCCGCCUUUGGCAUAAAUCCGAAUCUUCGACCGACCUCAGCCGCGGCCAUGGGAGCUCCAAGGCCCGAUCCGUACGGAUCGCCCCCUUCUAACAUGGCUCCCCAGCAGCGCCCUUAUUCCAACCCUGGAGGGGCCAGUUAUCCAGGCCCUGGCUACGGUCGUGGAGGGCGCAUGCCGUCAGGAGGACCGCCACCACCACCACCUCAAGGCCAAGGGAUUCCUACCAUUCGCCCACCAUCAAGACCCAACAGCUCCUCACCUUACCUCGGACCGGGUCCCCAGCCAGGAGGCCAGUCGCCACCCGCAAGGAUUGACAUUGGAUUUUCUGCUCCGCUCGAACCAGAGAGAAUGUCUCGGCCUCAGCAGCAGCAAAAUGGAUCUCCUAUGCCGAACCCUAACAAUCCUCCACGUGGAUCUCCAAGACUUCAGCAAGGUCCUCCAGGACAGCAGGGUCUCCCAUCGCAAAGCCGUCCAGGUCCACCGAACUCCCGGCCUGGACCCGGACCGGCCCAGAAUGUUGGUGGCUACGGUGGCAUGCCUAAUCCCAACGUCCGACCUCCUCCCAACAACAAAAUGCAAGUUCCGCCGAACGUCAGGCCUGCGAAUCUCCCUCCUUCGAAGCCUGACGCCAACGCACCCGCUGGCGGCGCACCACCCUCGAAACCGAGUUCUGUUCCAGCGACCGCGGCUCGGCCUCCUGGAAAGGGACCCAAGACAUUCGAUGAGAUGGGCGUUCCGCAGGGGAAGGAUAAGAGUGAAUGUGCUGUUAUGUAACGUGUUUACAGUGAUUGAAGUGUGUUAUGUAUGAUACCCCGGAUAUGAUAGCGUUUAAGUGAUUUAUUUCAACGUCCAGACUAUUACGUGGUUGAGCACGGCGCGGUAUAAAGAUGCGCGUCAACACCGGAAUGGACUGGCAAAACAUUGAUUAUUUGGAUAGCAAAAAACCGAUGCAUGAUGCCGAGCAGGCGAAAUUGAGAGAAGUGGCGGCCCUUUCUAUCGCGGCUUUUGCUGAAUGCCAUUUUCUACCUAUUCCAUCUACUGAGUCUGCAGCCAGUAUCAUUUCCACCUGGAUCAA